AACUCCCUAGCUAGUGAUACUUGUUUGCACGGUUGGAUUGGUAGCACUGUAGUGGAAUUUGACAUGUCGCGAUAAUAUUUGUGUCGAUGUUAAACGUAUUAAACAAUUACCUAAAAAGCAAGAAUUAAAACAACCACAAAUCACCUUUUCCAUCACUUUGAACCACCCAGACGCUGUUUAAUUGAGUAAUCAGAAUGUAUAACGGCAUCGGUUUAUCCACACCACGAGGAUCCGGAACCAACGGACACGUGCAGCGAAAUUGGGCUCUGGUGAAGCCUCGGCAGAAGGAACAAACGUAUAAAAACGAGCAAGACUUGACGAAUUUGGACGCCGUGACACACCGACAACCCAAUCAGGAGAUCCUGGACCACGAGCGGAAGCGCAAGAUUGAACUGAAGUGUGCAGAGUUUGCCGAUAUACUUGAAGAACAAGGUUUUUCGCAGGAGGCCAUUAAUAACAAAGUCGGCAACUACCGGAAGCUCUUGAUGGGUCAAGGGGGCAAGCUCGAGCCACCCGUGAAUCAGUGGGGCCGUGUGUCUGUGACGGAGACCCAUCAAGUGGCGGAAGCCCAACAAGAGAAAAACGCCCGACUUCGCGAAGCUUUCGGUAUUUCGGAGUAUUUCGUUGAUGGGAGUAGUUUCGAUCCGGAUCGCGAAGCCAAAGAGAAAAUCGCACGCUCGAACGCCUUGCAAGAGAAGGAGAAGCAGAAAGCUCUAGAGAAAGAGAAGGAGAAGGAAAAGGAAAAAGAGCAAGCGACGAGGUAUGAGCUAGUGCAUACCCCGAGUCCCGAACCCGUGUCUGAGGUGAAGAAGAAGAAAAAGCGUAAACGUAAAGAAAGCUCCUCCAGCGAAGAACCGAAGAAGAAGAAGAAGUCCAAAAAGCGGAAAAAAGAAAGAUCCGGGAAAGUGAAGGACAAGAAGAAGUCCAAAAAGAAGCGCCGCCGUUCCUCGGCUUCGUCCGACUCGAGCGAUGACUCUGACACGACUUCGGAAAAAUCGGACGAAUCGAGCAGCGAAGACGAUAAGAAGAAAAAGAAGAAAGUAAAAAAGAAGGAGAAAAAGAAAUCCGCCAAGAAGAAGAAGCACUCCACGUCUGACAGUUCACGCGAAAGUUCCCCAGAACCUAAAAAAUCGAAAGAAGAAAAACGAAAACCGAGCGAAAGGACCAAGGAGAAAGAAGAAACAAGAAGGUCGUUGUCUCCGAAACGCAAAAGAAAGACAUCACCGCCGCCUCCUAAAGAGGAGCGAGUGUCAAAAAAGCCGAGAUCGCCAUCACCACCAAAAGCAAAAUCGCGUGAAGAUCGAAGAAGCAGAUCUCCGCGAAGACGCUAUUCUAGAUCUAGAGAGCGAAGAGGUUACGGGAACAACAGAAACAAUUAUCACACUAGAUACGACGAAAAAAAGCGAUACCCUGAAAGAAGAUCGCGUUCGCUAGACCACAAACCCAAAUCUAAAAAAUCCAGGUCGCCCGAACCCAAACCGAGAUCCCGAUCUCCGGACCACAAGAGAAAAUCCCGUUCGGCGUCACCUAAACGACGGUCCAGAUCUAGAAACAAACGAUCUCCGGUCAAAGAGUGGCGAAAUCGGACGAAAUCGCCCGAGGUGAAAGACAGACGGCGGUCGCUUUCGCGAGACAACGAAGACAGAAGAAGAAGGAACAGGUCCCGAACACCAGAAAGAAGACCCAAGUCGCCCGAACGCAGCCGAAAAGGUGGCGAAGAUCACCGAAGACAACCAGACAAUAGUCGGAGUCGCUCCAGUAGUACUAGGAAAGAACCAAAAGUACAAAAAUCGCCUUCUCCAAGACCAAAAUCAUCGUAUUCUCACAAAGUUAACCGAAGUGAAGAAAGACGGUCGCGGUCGCCGCUACAUCGAAAAAAAGAAGAUACGAAGAGGUCGCUUACGCCGAAAAAAGUGACUCCGCCACUGCGUAAAAGCCACUCCGAUUCAGAUUCGGAAAAAAGGAAGAAGAGUCAAGAUAGAAAGAAGGAUAGGUCGCCGAAGUCGAAGAAGCAGCUUCCGGUGGUAAGAUUAAGAUCGUCGAGCGAAGAAGAACAAGUUGUGGACGUACACGAAAGAGAAGACGAAGAAGAAGAUAAGGAGUUGAGGAUGUUGAGGUUGUUGAAGUCGGGAUUGGCGGCCAAAGCGAAAGAGAGUUUGCAGAGGAAGAUGCCGAAACCUGUCUUUAACGAAGUCAAAAGAAAAUCACCAAGUCCGAAGCCUGUGGAAAGAAAAAACAUAGAAGCCGACGUUUUCGAUAUUAAAGUUUUACCUCUGAGAAGGGAGAAGUCGAAGUCGCCUAGUCAACAGAAAGAGGUUGAUAAGGACGAUUUCGAUAUCAGUAACACGAACGGGAAAGGCAGGAGCAUCAGUUCGAGCAAGUCGAGGUCGAGGAGCAGGAAAUCCAGGACUCGGAGUUCGUCGAGAUCUAGUUUUAGAUCGUCGUCGUCGAGCAGCAGCAACUCGCGCUCCGUCUCCAGGUCCGUAUCCAGGAGUAGUCGCUCAAGUACAGACUCGGACAGUUCCUCGAGCUCUAGUAGCGCUUAUCGGUCGCGUUCGCCGUCGAUUCCUCGACGACACGGUUCGCCGAGUUUCCUCGACAGGCGACGAAUCACGAGCGCAAGGAAGAGGCCUAUUCCGUAUCACAGACAGACUCCUAGUUCGCCUUCGUCGGAUAGUAGCUACAGCGGUAGUCCGUGGUGCUCCAGAAGGAGGUCUACGAGUCGGUCGAUCAGCCCUUCUUCUAGGUCUCCAUCGCAUUCUCCUCUCCACUCACCGCGAUCACCUUAACUCUAGUGCAAUAACAAAUAGCUUAACAUUCUAACUUUCAUCUUUACUAACGAUGGAACCCUUCAGACUUAGAUUAUCACGAUUCUGACUCUAUGGUAAUCGUUGUUGGUGGACAUGCUGUUACUUAAUGUAAUAUAAUUAGAUAUUUCAGUGAAAUCUUCAUGUUUGGAUACUCUUGCGUUUGUGCAAUUUUUUUCUAGUCAAACGAUUGAUAUUUUGUGAUAUUUUCGCUGUUAACUUAUUUAUUUCAUUAUUUAUUGUAGAAAAAAAAAAGGUUGUAAACACUAAUAAACUAUCCACACUGAACUGAUUA